AUGAGGGCCAUGAGGGCGGCGGGGGCGGCCCGGGGCGUGGCGCUGGCGGCGGCGUUGGCGACCGCGGUGGCGCUGGCGGUGGCGGCCUGGCGGCGAGCCCGGCCCGUGCGGGAGGUGCUGUUCUUCCCCUCACGGCCCUGCUGCAUCGAGGCGCUGCUGGCCGAGGCGGCCGAGCCCGGCGCGCCCGCCCGGCCCUGCCCGUGCCCGCUGCCCAGCGGCGACACCGCCCUGAGCCGCCUGGUUCGCCGCCUCCUCUCCGCCCGCCGCUCGCUCGACCUCUGCCUGUUCUCCUUCUCCUGCCCGCUGCUCGCCCGGGCCGUGCAGCUGCUGCACCGGCGCGGGGUCCGUGUCCGCCUGGUGACGGACGCUCAGUACAUGGGGAUGCACGGCUCCCAGAUCGGCCGCCUGCGCCACGCGGGGAUCCAGGUGCGCCACGACCAGCACAGCGGGUACAUGCACCACAAGUUCGCCAUCGUGGACCGGAGGAUGCUCAUCACGGGCUCGCUCAACUGGACCACCCAGGCCAUCCAGAGCAACCGGGAGAAUGUGCUGGUUGUAGAGGACGCCGAGUAUGUGAAGGCUUUUCAGGAUGAGUUUGAAAGGAUUUGGGAAGAGUACAACCCUGCCAAUUAUAGUUUUUUUUCCGAAAGGCAGUGAGCUGCUUCACAGGGCUAGUGGACCAUGGUUAACACCCACAGAUUUUAUUGUUAUCUAUAGACAUCAUUGUUCCAUCCAUCUGGGUGUAACUUUGGUAAAUGUGCCCAGAGGAGUGAAGUGUGAACUUGCUGUGGGAUCACUCCCGUGGUGCAGGGAAUGGCAGAAGUGUUUGGUUGAGGCUGACAGGGACAGAGCUGCACUCAGACCUUGGGCUGUGCCCUGCUGCCCACCCGGUGUGUUCAUACAGUGCUGAGCCUGUAUUUCAGUGGUAAAAGGAACGUUUUCCACUUCAGGAUAUGGAAUGGAAUUAACAGCCAAUUCCAAAUGGAAUUGUAGCCCAAGGGCUCCUCUACACCGGUAACUAAAGGAGAGAUAAGAGGGCUACAGCAGAGUUAAGAGUUUCUAUAAAGUGCCUCAGUUACAUUUCUUGUUGGCAUUAAUUGUUGAAAGUUGGUAAAAGAAAAUUCUUGGGAAAUAGCAGAAAUUUUUAACGUUUUGAUUGUGUUCAUGUUUCUUUUGGUUAAAGGUUAGCAGAGCUCCAGUGUAAAAACAUGAGCACAAAUGGUAAUGACAGCUUCUCUUCCAGCAAGGAGGUGUAGGGGAGUCUGGAAGGAAAUGAGAGAAAUGGUUCUUUGGGAUCAGUGUUUAUGUGGAGAGCAGACAUGGAGUUGGGUCACCCACUUCAGGUGAGGUCUGGAAACCCUGGUUCAGGUGUUGGGGCACCCUGUCAUGGUCUGUGCCCUGGCCUGGCAGCGCCAGCCUGGGGACAGCGAGGGGAGGGAGGUGACAUCUCUGUCCCCAGAGCUCAGUGUGGAACAAAGAUGGUGUAAACCUAAGAAUUACAAACUCUAAAUAGUAUCUAUGUAAGAAUUGUUUUAUACUGAAUAGAAAGUGCCUUAAUAUCUCUCAAAAUGAAAAGGUUUUGAGAUUCUCUUACCAGUUUUGUUACCAUUAGUGCUGUGAUUGGCACUGUUAAAUAAACCAUUUUCACAGGAAACAUCAACAGCUUCAUCUGACUUUUGCAUUCCAAUUCCUGUAGAUCCUUAUUAAGAUAUUUAUGAUACAUGGACAUCCCCAGAUUUUAGAUUUGUUCUGUUCUGAGAAAGUUUGCUUGGGGAAAAGAAAAUUAUGUUACCUGAAGGUCAUUCUCCAGUAAAUCCCAUUCAGCAGCACUGGAUUUAAACUACUUGGAAUAUAUUAUUGCUGUCAAAAUGCUGCCUGUUGCAUUUCCUGUAUGAAGUGCAACUAUAAAAACAAACAUUUCUGUGUUUAUGCUCUGACCUCUUUCAUGCUCUUCCUUCUUUUUAGAAAUAAACCUGUCACACACAGCAUGCAGAGGGUGGUGCAAAAAUAGUUUAUUACCAUAUAGUUAAUGUAAAGUUAGGUAAUUAUAUUUACAAAGUAAAAAUGAUCAGCUACAUCCAGGGGAGCCUAGCAUGUCACACAAGGUUUGUAAGGAAUAAAUACAGUGAGAAAAGUGACAUUUCUAUUACAGCGAGCAGCUGAUCAGGAACAGUGGCUCUUAAAAAAGCUGGAAUAAACUGGGAGUGGAAGGGAGAAGAGAAGGAGACAGGAACUCACACACAUGGAGAAACAGGAGCCUUCCACACCUUUCCUUUUUGCAGGGGGAGGAAAUGAUGUGUGUGAGGCUGCACAUCCCAGCUGCCCGUGUCCGUGCUCUGAUGCUGCUCUCACAUCAUCACAAAACCACUCUGGGAAGUGACUCCUUCACCCUCAGUGCUCACAGCUGGGUUGUUCCCAGGCACCCAUGGCAGAGCAGUGCCCAGAUGUGACCCAGAACAGGCCCCCAUCACUGGUCAGUCGGGUGAAGCUCUGCCCACACAGCCAAGGCCAAGCUGCUCCAAGGGCACUGGAGGAACUGACCAUUGAUACCUGAACUGCCCCAUCAGACCCCACCCACAGCCUCACACCUCACACCUCCAUCCUGCCAAAUGUCUCUGUAAACUCCCCAGUCAUCCAGAAGUCCAGGAAGGUGGACGCAGGCCAAGUCAGGGCAUUCCUGUUUCCUACUUACCACAGUCUCCAGAAUUUUACACGCUUUGCUUUCUCUAGGUGAGAACAAACAGUGAGUGUCCUUGUCCUGCACACUGGGUGAAGAAAGCAUGAAGGAAAUAAUGCUAAUUGCACCCAUUAUUUACAAGUUCAGGGCCAGCUGGGUUAGUUGAGCUGGUACCAACUUGUCAGGUUUCUCCAGUAAAUCCCACACCCUCUGUUUCCUCAGGCUCACACUGAGGUUGUUGUUCCCAGCCUGGUGCUCCCUGUGUCUGCAGCAGUGCCUGGGAUCUUCCUCUUGUAGCUACACUGCAUUUGAAGUUACACACUGAGUUACAGCUGCUGUGGGAUGGGUGUCUGUGCAGGGGAGGUUGUGGCUCUCUUGGGAAGCCCAAGAGCAUCCCAAACGUGUUCCUGGUGCUUCCAAAAUUCACUGUGGGGACUCAGUGUGCUCACUGUGCCAGCCCCAGGUGGCUCUGCAAGAGCUGGGGCUUGGCAGGGAGUUGUUGCUGCUCUCUGUAACAACAGGGCACAAUUUGCACAUGCACAGCGUUGAUGCCACUAUCAAACACAAGAUUUUUGAGUCCUCUGACUGGAAAAAAUCACCCAAAUUUAUAGCAAAGUAGGUUCCAGUGGUCAAACAGACUGUACACAAUCUUUGGACAGGUUCCUUCAAAGCUAAAGGCAUAGAUCAGCAGAAAAGGUUUGAAA